UCCACCAAACUUCUCUCCAUCAAAACCUCUCUUCAAUUCCUAAACUGAUCACCUUCUCUUUCUUCGCCCCCACUUAACAAACACAACACAUUCUUCGCACCCAUCGAGUUCCUGAGAAGAAAAGAAAAACACAUAUAACAUAAACACAUGUCUAAACCACCUCCAUGGUUUCUCUCUGGAAUAUUCAAUUCAAAAACCCAUGAAUUCUUGAAAUUCAGCCUCUGAGAGAGCACGUGCGCGCACACGCAGAGCCAGAAUAGUUCAAAAUGGCGGCGUCCAACAACAAGGUGAAGGGCCUUCUGAAAGGGCUCAGAUACAUUUCUCAGAUAUUUGAUAAUGAAAAAGAAGAAGAAAUGCAGAUUGGUAACCCCACGGACGUAAAGCACGUGGCUCAUAUAGGAUGGGAUGGUCCGUCAGUAAAUUCACCCAGCUGGAUGAACGAGUUUAAAAAUAACACAGGCGCAGGAGCUCCUCCAGGUGUUAACGGCAACAUCAACGAGCUUGAUAUGUUGACCUCCCAAGAUUCAAGAGGAAGAACGUCAAGAUCUGCAAAUUCGUCAGACAGAGACUUACCGGACAUGCCUAAGUCAUCAAGACGGCAGUCGAGCGGCGAGUUCAUGGAUUCACCGAGCAGAGAGAAGUCAGAAAAGCCGAGGCAAAGAAGGACAUCUAAAAACAAGGAUUCUUCUGAUGGAUCCAGAACGGCUCGGAAUUUUGCGAACUUUGAUAUGGCCGAAGGAAGUGAUUCGCCGUCGAGGAAUCUGCAUGACAUUCCCAAGAAGUGCCGAAGGAAGAAAUCUAAAGAAGCUUCUAGUAGUGCUGGUGGCGGAUCAACAAAAUCCAGAUUGAAAUCUCAAAACUCGGAUCUGGAUGUCGGGUCGCCAUCUAGAUCCGUACCCAGGUCCAGGAACAAACAAAAGUCCUUCGAUGAAGACGCAGAGAGCGAAAAAGGAUCAUGAUAGUGAAAAUUCAUGAGAAACUGGUGUAAGUAUUUUGUUUUUGUUUUUUUUGGGUCAACAGAAAUUGGUGUAAGUAAAGUAACUCCUUGCUAGCUAAGUCGCUAGCUUUUUGCACACGACCCGCCAAAAAUAAUAAGUUUUGCAUAGUUGAGACUUGAAACGAGA